GCAAAGGGGUAUUUCGGCCCAAGCCCAGUACGGUCACACUUACCACUUACAGCUGUGGCGUCUUUGUUAAAUCAACGUUCGUUUUUAGUUUUUUUCGGGCAAUUAGGCAUUUUGGCAUUUACUAAAUUAUUAUUAUUACUUAUCGCUAUGGAGCCCAUGAACCUCGGCAGUCCGGUCAACAGCCCCGCCUCCAACCCGAGCCAGUACCUGCCGCCCUUCCUCCUCGGCGAUCCUCAAAGUCUGACGCCGCACAAGAACACGCUAUCCCCGAAGACCGGGCGCUAUAAUGUCAGUUUCGCUACCUCGCCCGGCGGCAGCAGUCCCCACGAGCUCAACCGCUCCGCUCUGAACACCCGCACUCUGUUCGCCGCACAAGGAGGCCCGCCGGUUGGCCACAAUGUCUCGCACACGGCUGUGGGCGCAAGCGGCACAACGCCCGGCCACGCCCAGUCGCACAGCCACCACCAGGCGGGGCCGCCCAUCCACGGACUCUUCGACUCACUGCGGGAACAGGCCGUCACGCCGCAGCAGCGUAACCAUCUUGGCAUGCUGCAGCUGCAGUCGCCGAACCAGAGCUACCAGAGCAGCUAUCACACCAACGAUUCCUUUGCCCCCGGGGCGCUCAAUGCCACCAACGCGUCCAUGCGGGUACUAUGCUCCCCGCUGGGAGCCAAUCACUCGGUGACAGCGGGCGCCAACUCUCGCCUGGCCGACUUUUGGGUGACAAUCUUUGGAUUUUCGUCGGGGGCCAGCUCCAUGGUACUGCAGCACUUCACCGUCUGCGGAACCAUUGUGGAUGUGGUGCAUGCCCCGCAGAACGGCAACUGGAUGCAUGUGCGCUUCUCAUCGCGCAUCGAAAGCGACAAGGCGCUGAACUACAACCAAAAGAUUAUCGCCGGCAAUGUGAUGGUGGGCGUGGCCCGCUGCAUGGAGCGCUCGGUGCUCGAUAAGGAGAACAUCAGUUUUCCGGCCAAUGCAGAAACAGUAGAUCCCCCCCUCAGCCCCAGUUCGAUCCGUCCCUUUGCCCAGCAAUCGUACAAGCUGGCUCGCAACGAAGAUUCCAUUUCGCAAGCGAAGGAUGUGCCCCAGAAGAGCUCCGGACUGAUGGACAAGGCCAUGGACCUAAUAUUUGGCUGGUGAAAAGGAAUGAAAAGGCGGAUGAAGUUUCCGGCUACUUAUUUAAUAAUUCACUGCGUACAUCCAGCAUACAUACAUA